UUAUAUUGGUGGCACAAAUUAAUUGUCUGGUGUCCUGCAAAUAAUUCCUACGGGAAGUCAUCCACUAUAGACUGUGACAGCCUGGCCGGGGAUAUGUAGCAAAACUGUCUCAAAUGCUCUCAAGCCCUUCGAGCUAACAUAAGCCUAGCGAGUGCCUAGUGAUGUACAUAUUCAUAUAAGGGCGGCGAACAUCUGUUUGCCUUUGAACUUUUCUCUUGCUGGCCAAAGAAAGCUAUUAUCCAAAGUCGACUGAGAGUUCUUUCCUAAAAUUCACUAAUGCGUCUCACUCUCGCCCCCUAUUUUUUGACUCUGGGUGUGAGCCUUUUCUACGUUGUAUGUGCGAUGCCUGUUCUGUCUCAAAACCAAACACAAGCUCUGCAACCUCACUCAUCCACCCUUCGAAUCUCAUUUUUCCCACCUGGCCACCCAAAUGACCCCCAGAACUCUUCGAAAUUUGGUAUAAACAACCUAUCUGCGCGGAGCGUAGUCAUCCGUUUUCUGAACCAAAUGCGAUAUCGUCCUCACGCUCAUUUGGACCGUGCGCAUGUUACUUGGGAAAACCAUUGGUUCCCAACCGAUAAGCACCCUCAGUUUAUUGUGGACGAUGAUGAUGUAGAUGGGCGUUGCCAUUCGUUUUGUCUUGCUGUGGUGGACUUACCCUCGAAGGAACAGUAUCAUGAUCCUAACUUUCAAAUCCACGGUACACUUGCUACUGCGAACUCGGAAAAUUGGGAAGAGUUGCACAUGAUUCACACACAGAACAGACCCACAAGAAAAUGAAUGGUAUUUGGGAGUACAAUAGACAGUUUUUAUCAUGAUAAGUGAUCAGAUAUUUUGUAUGGAAUGAUAGGGUUCUUCGACGCACAUAAAUUAAGCACUCAAGAAGCAGUGUAG